CGGCUUUAGUGCGCAUGUUCGUGGUGCUUCGUGACACACUGUUUUCGUAAAGCCGUGUAUGAGUGUGAACCAAACGGUUCCGUCAGUUAUAAUAUGGUAGCAAUAAUUAUGUAUUGUUAAGAAAAAUAAUUGCUGAUACACGAUAACGCUAUUUUUGUGUUUGGUUAUGUUCAAUGGUUUAAACAAAAUGCCAAUUGUUUGCCGUUCGCUGUUUUUACCGGUAUCAAGAAUUUUUUAAAUUUAAACCAUAAUUGAAAACUGGAAAGGUAUGUAAUAGUAUUAUUAUAUUUUAUUCCAACAUUUCCAACAGUGUAUCGUUGAGCUCGUUAAUGCAAAAAAACUUGACUGACUAAUAUAAACCUAACCUUGUAGACACUUUUAAAAACUGAUUUGUAAAAUAGGUAUCUACACUACCUACAGUGAAACCCCCAAAACUUUAAUCGGGAAAGCGUUUUAUGUGGGAAUUGAAAAAUUAAGCGAUUAAAAUAUAUCGAGUUUAAUUUAUUAUUAUAUUUUUUUUGUAUUAAAAAAGAAAUUCAUUAUUUAUACAAUUCAUGUAUGUAUUUUUAUUAUUAUAUUGUGUUAAAAAAAUUAACUAUAUUUGUUUGCCUAACAUUCUGACAAUGCGUUUCGGCAAAAAACUUUUCUGUUUUGUUCACGUAAUCCAACAUUUAUUCGGCAUUUUCUACAGAGGAUAAUACUUUUCGAAUUUCUGUUAGGUGUUUCUAUUUUUAUAUUCACACAAUUAGUAAAAGUUAUCGUAAUCUGCUGAACAAAAGAGCGUCUUAUCCGAUUAUAUAGAAAAAAAACUGAGCAUUUUAACAGGUGAUUUUUUUUUAAUAAAAACAAUAUGUUAUUUAAAUGAAGUAUUUAUUUACUAUACAUUUAUGAAACUAUUUUAGGUAUAGAAUUUUCAAAGUGCAAAUUCUAUUUCAAAUGACUAUUCAAUAAUUUUUAGAUAGGUCAUUCAUUACAAGGUAGGCACUUAAUUUAGUCCACACAGACUUUUCAAUCUUGUACUUGAAAAAACUAUUUUCAGUCAUAAAUAUUAUCACAUUUUUAUACAAUUAUGAAUUUUUUUUUUUUUCAAUUUUUAUGUUAAGCAUUUUUGUAUUUCUAAUGCUUACUUUUUAAAUAGGUACCUAACUAUUAUCUAAUCGUUAUAAUUUAUUAUUUUUUUUAUAGUGUUUAGGUAUUUAAAAGAAAAUGGAUAUCGAUCCAUCUUGGGAUGUUGACAAGCACAAGGGCGAACAUGAAAACGAAACACAUUGGGAAUAUAGACGUAAAUUUUUAAUAAUGUACAAACAUAGCUAUCCCGAAGACCGUUUAGUAGGUUUAUCUCAAACUUUUAUCAAUAUUGAGUUUAUGGGAUGCAAGUAAGUUCAAAUAUUGUUAAUAUUAUAAUGUAUAUUUGUAUAUAUAUAUAUAUUAAUAAAAGAAAACAAAUUAAUUUAUCUAUUUUUAAAGGUAUAAUCAACCGGUUAUGGAACUUAUUGAAAAUCUAUCUGAUUGUUUAGUUGGUGGUUUGAGAGAAAGACGCAAAAAAUUAUUUCAAACUAAAUUUGUAAAAGCAUCAAGUGAUGAAGGUAAUUUUUAUGAGUAGAUUUUUGUAAAUAAAAAGUAUAUUUGUAUUUAAAGUUUCAGGAAAUAAUCAAGCUGCAAGCAUACAACCCAUCGAUUCACCAUAUCAUCCUGAAUAUAUUUUGCCCGGUUUUAUAAUAAUAGAAAAUAAUAUUGAAGAUCCUAUUCAAAUUUUAGAACGUUCAUGUUCUUAUGCUGGUUAUGCUAUACCAGUUAUUAAAUACGAACAAAUUGCACCAUCUAAUUUGUAACUAAUACAUUACUAUUCUAUAUUAAUUUUUAAAAUUAAAUGUUAGGUAACAUAUUCAUUUGUUUUAAAGUGGCGGAAAAUUCAGUGUAUGAAAUUUUAAGGUUUUUGGCAUACCUAUUUUGUGAAAUUUUUAAAAUCCUGAGUGUAGUGAGUAAGGAAUGUAUUUGUUUUACUAUAAGUACAUUCAUAUGAUGAUGUUAAAACGGUUUGAAAUUAAAUUGGUUAAGCAUUUAUUAAACAAAUUUAUCCAAAUAUCUACCAUACUCGUUUGUAUAUUUCCAAAAUGACCAUGGAUAUGAAAAUGGUUUAGUGAACAUUUUGUAAACUUAUUUAUUAUAAUUUUGUUAUCUUGUUCAAAUUGAAACAAUUAAACUAUUAAUAAAACUACCAAAUAACAAAGUAACUCGCAAAAUUAAAGUAUCUAUAAAUAGCUUGAAAAUGAUUCAAACUUUUUGAAAAUUUUACAACUCUAGAAAGGCAAAUAUAAGUUUUCUUUCCAAAUUUCAAGUGUAUGUUUUUAACUGAAUUGCAAUAAAACAAUACAUUUUAAAUAAUUAAAUCAUUAUUUUUGAUAACUGUCCCAUUCUUUCUAAGUUUUUAUAUUGGUUUUGCUCUAUUAUUAAAAAAAAAAACUGGAAAAUUAAACUUUCUCUAAGAGAAACUAGAUCCAAAAUGCAGCCAAAAGGUCCUUGUCAUUUCUAAGAGAAAACAUAAGUUUUUCAAAAAUGUUAAACUAUUAAAUUGUAAUGACAUAAAUAUUUUACUGGUUAUCUCCAUGUUUUUUUUUUUUUGUGAAUUAAUGAUUUUGGGCUGUCAACUGCUAGUUGUAGUGGUGUCUUUGUUAUCAGUUAUUGUAUGUGUAAGUGUGAAACAUUGGUACUAUUUAUUUGUACCCGUUAUCAUUUUAAAACCGACUAGACUAUAAAUAAAAUAAUUAUUAAUGAGACUUUAUUGAAUUAUAAAAAAUCAUUCCCAAAAAUAGUAUAAACAGAGAAAGCCACACCACACAAAUUUCAUUGCUUUUGUUCAUAGAAAUUUAAUUUAUACAUUUUAUCCUACUUUUCCAGCUUUGCCAAGAUUUGAAAAAUAGCUAUGAAUCUAUUAGUUUAACUAUGUUAUGUGGUUUUUUUCUAUAGGUAAACAAAUUUUCUACCAGAAAUAUUGUUUUGCUGUAUAAAGUAUUUUCUCAAAGCAUAUUUUAUGUAGUUGGUUCAGUAAACUGACCAUUUUUUAAUUUUUCAAGGGGUUUUUAUAAUAAUUGAGAAAAAAUGUUAAAGGUACUCUAUGGCAUUGCUGAUUUCGUUAUUUUUAAUUUGUACAUUUAAUGUUUUUUACCAGAAAUAUUGUUCCAAUAAAAAAACCAACAAGAGACUUUUUUUGUUGCGCUUUUAAUCUAGUUAGUAAGUUAUUCAUUUUUAAUUUUCCAUGUAGGUUUGUUUAAUAAUGGAGGGAAACUGGAAAAAAAAACAGGAAAAUAUAUGAAAAUAAUUCUUUUAAUAUUUCCAAUUUUGUUUUUUGUUGUUAUUCAGUUAAAAAUAUUCAUAGACUUGAAAUUAUGACUUAAAAAUUAUAUUUACUUUUUCUAAUAUUGGUAAAAUUUUCAAAACAUUUGUGAUAUUUUACAAUUUAUGUAAUCAACUGGUUUUAGAAUAUACAGAUAAAACUUGUCAUAAAAAUUAGCAACAUGCAAAAAUGAGUUAUAUGGGAAGAUUACAGAUGUUACCACCUAUCUGUCUACAUUAUGAUACACUACUAUCUCCAGCCAAAAAUUAUUUCCAAAAUGUCUUAUUACUCAGCAUAAGUUAUAAUAUAAAUAUAUAAAUAUUUAUAUUAUAAAACAAAUCUUAAUAUUUCAUUACUACAAAUUUACAAUUUGUAUUGUUUUUACAGUAAAGCUGAACUUUAUAUACAAAAUAAAUUUAUUAUAAAUGGUAUGGGGACCAAGAAAAAACUGUCUCGCAAAGAUGUUUUCAAAAAUUGCUAUGAAUAUUUAAAACCCAUUUGUUUUACUAUCAAGGUAAAAGUAUAUAAUCCUACCAUUAAUUUCUCUAAUUUUAUAAUUUAAUAUUCUUAAUUUUAUACAUUUUUAGCUGAAGAAUGAAAACUCAAAAGAACAGCAAAUGAUUAUAGAUAAAGAUGAAUUGGUAGAUUUUAAUACAGAAACAGAUCUUUCCACUGAUACAACAAUGAUAAACAAUGGUGUUGGCUAUAAACUAUUAAAAUUGAUGGGUUGGAAUGAUGGUAUUGGAUUAGGCAAACAUAAUCAAGGUUGUGUUGAUCCAAUUCAGUAAGAUACAAUAUUUUUUUAAUUAUUUUUAUAUUUGGUUGACAUAAUUUGUUACACAAAUAGAAAUUCUUUCUAGAUGGUUGCCUAAAUAUUAUAUUUAUUUUAGUGUUUCUACUAAUUUCAUAUGUAAAUUUGAUGACAAUUUGUAUACCAAUUAAGUGAACUAGUGUUAAUUAAAAUAAUAAUUAUUAUUUAUAUUUAUAUUAUAUAGGAUUAUCAAACAUCCAAAAAAUGUUGGAUUUGGUAAUACAGAUUUGUCAAGUGAAGACAGUGCUAAAGAAAAACGUUUUCAAAAAAAAUUUCAAAAACACUUGUAUACAUUUGUGAAUAGUUCAAAACAGAAACUUUCCUUUUCUACUGAACUGACAAAAGAAGAACGUCAAAUUGUUCACACGUAUAAUAUAUUAUAAAUUAAUAUAUAUAUUUAAAUAUUUAUUAAUCACUUUUUAUUUGUAUUAGGAGUUGCAUGAGAUAUAAUUUAAAGGCAAAAAGUUAUGGACAGAGUGAAAACAAAUUAAUGGUUAUAUCAAAAAAACCAAAUUCUGGAGACAUUUUUAAAGAACUCAUUAACAUUAGUGGCCAUGAAAAUGAUUAUUAUAGUUUAAUAAUUCCAACAUCACUACUUAAUGUAACUUUAUAAUUUUUACAAUUAAACAGUAUAUUAUUCCAUUUAAAGAAUUUAUUAUUAUUAUUUAUUCAUUUAUAUAAAAAAGUCUAAAAUUUAAAUUAUAAAACAAUACAUCUAAUUAAACCAUUAAGUCUAAUGUUUAUUUUUUUA